GUGUGUGUGUGUGUGUGUGUGUAUUAAUGAAACAAUUGUGCAAGUGACAAAAGUUAAAUAACAAUAUUUUUUUAAGUGUGAAAUAAUUUUUUCUCAACGUAACCCAAAAAAGAUUAUACAAAGAGGGGAAGCGGCAGAGAAAUAAAGAAACGAAGCACAAUGAUCACCAUGAACGAACUGGUGGAUCUGCGGAUGCAGCAGCAUCUGGCCCAUGAGAUCUAUCGUCAGCAGAUAAUGCAACGUAUUCCAGAUCCAUUUCCCCCAAUUCUGCCCAUAGCAAUGCCACGUCACGUGAUAAUGCCACCGCGUGUCACAUUACCCGGCGUUGAGAUGACAUUGCAGAAUGAUGAUCUAUGGAAGCAAUUUCAUCAAAUUGGCACAGAGAUGAUUAUCACAAAAAGCGGCAGACGCAUGUUUCCUUCAAUGCGAUUGAGUGUUGCCGGCCUGGAUGAGGAGACCAAUUAUUGUGUUCUGUUGGAAAUGGUGCCCAUUGGCGAUUGUCGUUACAAAUUCUCUGGCUCCCAAUGGGUGCCAGCCGGUGGAGCCGAACCACAGAGUCCUCAGCGCAUGUAUCUACAUCCAGAUAGUCCGGCCACUGGAGCCCAUUGGCAGGCUCAACCGAUACUCUUCAAUAAGGUUAAAUUGACCAAUAACACAUUGGACAAUAGCGGACAUAUUGUCUUGGCCAGUAUGCAUAAGUAUCAGCCGCGUCUGCAUGUCAUACGCACCGCUGAUCUGGCGCAAAUACCUUGGGCCCCACAACAGGCUUUUGUUUUUACCGAAACUGAAUUUGUUGCCGUGACAGCAUAUCAGAACGAUCGCAUCACCAAGCUGAAGAUCGACAAUAAUCCGUUUGCCAAGGGCUUCCGCGAAACUGGACAAUCGCGCUGCAAACGCAAAAUGUCUUCAUCGCCAACGGAUGAAGAUCAAGAUCAGACGCAAUCGCAGUCACAGACAGGAAUUGGUAUGGGUAUAGGUAUGGGUAUGGGCAUGGGCAUAGGAAUGGGUAUGGGUAUGGGAACGGGUUCGGGUUCAGGUUCGCUUGACAUGUCGCCAACGAAAUCGAGCGAACAAACAGCAAACAGCGAUCUGGAUGGGCCGCAAAUUAAGCGCCUGAGAUCAAAUGGUUCCGCCAGCUCCUUAUCAUCAUCGCUGGAUGGCAAUGGGCAAGAGACUGGCGCCAGUUCCAGUUCUCUUGGUCUCAGUUCACCUCCACCGCCGCCGCCUCCACCGCCAUCGUCCUCGUCGUCGUCAUCAUCAACAACAACAGCUUCGCUGCCCCCCAUCUUGGGUCACCGCAAUUCCAGUGUCUUUAUGCAGCAUUUCCAACAGAAUAUGCAAAGCCUAUUGCGACCUUCACUAGUGGAUUUGGCCUGCACAUACCUUGGACGAUCCCCUCAUCAUCAUCAUCAGCAUCAUCAUCGUCAUCAGCAGCAAGAGUAUAAUGGAAAUGUCCCCCUACAAUCGCCCCUUUAUCCAUCCGCGUCCAUUUUGCAAGCUGCUUUACCUUCACUUCCUGCGCUGCAUACAUUGCCGCAAAGUCACAUUUCCGGUGAAGCAAUAUUGCAGCAGCAGCAGCAUCAGGCAUCAUCAGAUGAAUCAGUGACAGAUGAACUAGAACUGGAUGUGGGCAGCGAAGCAACAGAAGAUACAAGAACAGCAACAACACCAACUCCGAUGCCCGCAUUGCCGCAAUCAUCUGCCGGAGAUCUGCCACCGGAGCCACCUUCAACUAAGAGGAAAGGUUUCAGCAUUUCAGCCAUUUUGGGUGGCAGCAGCUAAUGAUGAAUCGAUCAACUGCACUUCUUUGCCUAUUUCCCUUCCUUUCUCUUUCUGUAUCUUUAAUUUUUUUUUUGUUCUUGA